AUGAGUUGUGCCAAAAUUUUGUUUCUAUUGGCGGGCAUUAUCUAUUGUGUGCCCUCCUUUGUGGCAGCUGUUACUUGCGAUGUGGCACCAUUGGAUCCCAAUUGUAUUAAUUGUUCGCUAAAUCCCACAAAUGUUGAAUGCAUUGCAACAACAACGGCAGCAACAAUACCUACAACAGCUGCACCUGUGGCAACGGCAGCACCAACAAAGAAAUCGAGACGCCAUAGAAUUAGGUCAUACCUGUCCAACUUUUUUCAAAGAAUUCAGAAAAGACUUCAACAAUUCAAACGUAAAUUAAAUCCCUUGUAA